GCUCUCUCUUCUGUUCUGCUCCUCCAAUCCAACUCUCCUCUUUCUCUCACCCUCUUUGGAUUUCUCUUUAAUUGGCAAGGAGACAUGCACGCUAAAGAAGUGUUUCACAUCGCUCAAAUGGCUUGCGACUUGACGUGUACUACAGAAGGUGGCAACGCUGACAGCCGCUUCGAUAUAGGCAAGGGCAGUGGAACCGUCAUUUUAGCCAAACCCCUCCAUGCAGAACCAAAAUCAAAUUACAGCCUGACAGUGGAGGCAACAGAUGGAAACAGAUACAUCAGCACCCAGGUGUUCAUCAAAGUGAUUGACACCAACAACCACCGGCCCCAGUUCUCUCAGCCCCAGUAUGAGGUCAGCAUCCCAGAGGACACAGCACCAGAAUCAGGCAUUCUGCAGCUCAGUGCCACAGACAGAGACCAGAGGAACAAGCUAACCUUCACUCUGCUGAGCAGCACUGAUCUCUUCAGCCAGAGGAGGUUCAGGCUGGACCCUGGGACGGGACAGCUCUACAACACAGAACCGCUGGACCACGAGGUCAUGAACAAACACACCCUCACUGUCAUGGUGUGUGAUGAUUGUGUGCCUUUAAAGUGUAACCUGGUCAGAGUGAUAGUUAACGUGGAGGACACCAAUGAUAACACCCCCUGGUUCACCAGCCCCCGGUACUCAGGCCAGGUGUUUGAGUCAGCUGCUGUGGGAUCAGCUGUACUUCAAGUUACUGCUCAGGAUCGAGACAGAGGAAGCAAUGCAGAGAUCAGCUACAUCAUAGAGUCAGGGAACGAGGACAACAUGUUUGCUAUCGACCUAGUCCUGGGGACCAUUACAGUGGCUAAGGAGCUAGAUCGUGAUGACAAGAGUCAGUUUGAGCUGGCUGUAAAGGCGUCAGACAGAGGAGCGCCUCCACUGAGUGCGGUGACAGCAGUACGUAUAGCUGUCACUGUGCCAGAUAACACCAGGCCCAGGUUCCCUGAGGAGGAGAUCUCAGCUGUUAUCAGUGAGACAGCCCCUGUAGGGAGCUUAGUUACUCUGGUCUCUGCCUCCAGUCACUCUUCUGUCCUCUACCAGAUCAGAGAGGGAAAUGUCAACAACGCCUUCGAUAUCAAUCCAACCUCUGGGGUUGUUGUCACUCAGAGGCUGUUGGACUAUGAGAGUGUGUCUUCAUAUAGACUGACAGUGCAGGCCACCAACAUGGCAGAGAUGGUGAACUAUGUUACAGUCCUUAUUCACCUCAAAGAUGAGAAUGACAACAGUCCAGUGUUCACACAGACAGAGUUCAGAGGAGUUGUCAGUGAGUCCGCCCCUGUUAACAGUAUGGUGCUAACCAAUGGAAAGUCUCCUCUGGUUAUCCAAGCCACUGAUGCUGACAGUGAUCUGAAUGGCAGGCUGGUCUACCAGAUUGUAGAGCCCUAUGCCCUUGACUACUUCGCCAUUGACUCCAGCACCGGAGCCAUUCGCACUGUCACUGGCCUGGAUUAUGAGCAGAGGUCAGAGUUCAACUUCACUGUGCAGGUCCAUGACAGUGGAAAGCCACAACUUUUCUCUGAGACCAUAGCCUAUGUCACCAUCCACAUCACUGAUGUCAAUGAUUGCCCCCCAACAUUCAGCCAAGACGUGUUUGAGACGUCUGUCAUAGUGCCAACCUACAGUGGAGUGAAGGUGAUUUCUAUAAACGCCACUGAUCUGGAUUCAGAAGCUGGUUCCAAACUGCUGUUCUCUAUCUCAGAUGGAAACAUAGGAGGUCAAUUCAUGAUUGAUCCCAAGUCAGGCGUUAUUUCUGUUUUGAAUCCAGCCCAGUUGCGAAAUGGAUACGAGUUGACAGUCAGAGUGUCUGAUGGGAAGUUCACCAAGACUGCCAUGGUCAAAAUUAACAUAAGAGAGAAUCAGAACAAGGAUCUGGCGUUUGCCAAGGACCUGUAUACUGUCUCUCUACCAGAGAACUCAUCUGAGAGGAAAACCCUGGCUGUGGUGACUGCUGCGAGAAAAAGGUUAAACGAACCUCUGUUUUACACCAUCCUGAACCCACAGGGGAGGUUUGAAAUUGGACACACCUCUGGUGUGCUGUUUACGACUGGAGUACCUUUCGAUCGAGAGGAACAGGAUACGUUUGAGAUCGUUGUGGAGGUGACGAAGGAACACAGAUCCUCAGGGGUGGCUCAUGCUCUUGUGGUGGUGACCAUUGAAGAUGUAAAUGACAAUGAGCCUGUGUUCGUGGGACUCCCCUACUCAGCCCUGGUGCAGUUAGAUUCAGCAGUGGGUCAGGUUGUCAGGCAGAUAACCACAGUGGAUAAAGACAUUGGUAGGAAUGCUGAGAUCAAAUACCAGCUGAAAGAAGACUGGGGAUAUUUUCAGAUCAGCCCCUCAGGGGAAAUCUCACUCAAAAGGACCAUUCACCCAGAAGACGUUGACACUAAGUUUGCAAUCAGCGUCAUCGCUAAAGACAGAGGGGACCCGUCUCUCUCGGCAACAGUGGAGGUGGCGGUGACAGUGGUGAACAAAGCCGUACCUGUGUUUGAAAAAUCAUCCUAUGACAUAGUUAUACCAGAGGAUGUUCCAUUAGACACCUCCUUUGUGAAGAUCCAGGCCAAUGCUUCAGAGGGACCAAGGACUGUCUAUAGCAUCUCUAAGGGAGACCCUUUAGGUCAGUUCUCCAUUAGUUUCAUCACUGGUGUCAUCCAUGUUGUACAGCCGUUGGACUACGAGACCCACCCAGCAUACAGACUUAGUAUCCGAGCCUCAGACUCACUUACAGGGGCUCACUCUGAAGUUUUCCUUGACAUUAUCUUGGAGGACGUCAAUGAUAAUGCACCGACUUUCAAAGAGAGGUUAUAUGAGGCUAGUGUGUCUGAGUUGGCUGACAUUGACUCGUCAGUGUUACAGGUGUCUGCCACAGACUCAGACUCGGGCAACAACAAAGUGCUGUUUUACCAGUUAGUGGAGGAGGGGGGUGGCUCCUCAGAUUACUUCACCAUUGACCAAGACAGUGGGGUGAUCAUAACAUCUGGCCUGUUAGACUUUGAGGUGGGACCACAACAUAGGUUGGUGGUCAGAGCUGUGGAUGGGGGUGUCCCUGCCCAAUCCAGUGAGGUCCCAGUCAUCAUCUCAGUGACAGACAUCAAUGACAACCCACCAGUCUUCACACAGCAUCUGUAUAAGGCUAUGGUCAGCCAGCUGGCCCAAAGGGGUCAUUUUGUAGCCUGUGUGAGGACCUCUGAUGCUGACCUGUCAGACACUAACCACCUGGAGUACUCCCUACUCUCUGGCAAUGAGGACUCCAGCUUCACCAUCGACGGAAGGAGUGGAGAGAUUGUCAUAUCGAAAUACCGCAAGCUGAACAGGGAGACACUCUAUAACCUCAGUGUGUCUGUGUCUGAUGGGCUUUAUAGUAGUGUAUGUAACGUACAGGUCACAGUGGUCACUUCUAACCUCCACAGCCCCUCUUUCUCACACACUGACUCUGUUGUAGAGCUGUUGGAGAACUCACCUGUUGGCACGUUGGUCACUCAAGUCACAGCUACCGAUAAAGAUCUUGGAGUGUAUGGCAAGGUGACAUAUUACAUAGUGAAUGAUGUCGCAAAGGACAGAUUCACUAUCAAUGAAAAUGGGGAGAUUUUUACUGUGGAAAGCUUAGACAGAGAGAAUGUAAUCAGUAACCUAAUCUCUAUUAGUCUGAUGGCUAAAGAUGGAGGGGGAAAGCUAGGCUUCACCUCUGUCAACGUGAUCCUGACUGAUGUUAACGAUAACGCUCCUCAGUUCAGGGCAGCAGAAUACAAUGCCAAUAUUCCCAGGGAUGUCUCUGAAGGAACUGUCAUAGUCAGAGUUACUGCUGUGGACGCAGAUGAAGGCAGCAAUGCUGACAUCACUUACACUGUAGAAUCUGAGGUGGGAGGUUUUGACAUACAUCCUCUCAAUGGUGAUAUAAUUGCCAAAAACAAAUUUACAGCUUAUACAAAUGACCUCUUUUCCUUUUAUGUGAGUGCUAAAGACGCUGGAGAUCCACCGAAAAAAACUUUGGUGCCAGUAUACAUCAGACUACUGCCCAAGGAGGUGACCGUGCCAAAACUAGUUGAGUUACAGAAGAGAUGGUCAGUCAGUGAGGGUCUUCCUAUAGGUUCUGAGAUUGAUGUCAUCCAAGAGAGUGAGCAGCUUUUGAUAUACAACCUUGUUAAGGGCAGCACCCCUGAGAGCAACCAAGACCAAGUCUUCGUUGUCAACACAGACACAGGGAAGCUCAAACUAGCCAAACGUCUUGACUUUGAAACCACUAAAUGGUACCUGCUGACUCUGCAGGCACAGGGCGACCUAGAGGACAUUGAUGUGAUUACUACUGCCCAACUCCAUAUUCAGGUACAGGACGUCAACGAUAACAGUCCACAGUUUGAAUCGGACUCUUACAGAUCAUUUGUUGUUGAGAACCUACCUAAAGGGACCUCAGUGAUUCAGGUGAGAGCUACUGAUCUAGACUCAGGAGUGAACGGCCAGGUUACCUACAGUCUGGACCAGUAUCAAAACUCUGUAGAGGUCCUGGGGAUGUUUGCUGUGGAUGGAGAGUCAGGGUGGGUCACAACCCUGAAGGAGCUGGACCGGGAGCGGCAUGACCAGUACUCAGUAGCAGUACUGGCUACAGACAGAGGGCAUGACGGGAGGCUGAAUACCGCUGCCACGGUGGAGGUGACGGUGGUAGACGUGAAUGACAAUCCUAUGCGCUUCACGGCGGAGGUGUUCAGGGCCAGCGUCAGUGAGGACAUCCCCGUUCCUAGCAGGGCCAUAGCAGUCCUGAGGACCACCGACAGAGACUCUGAAGACCUCAACAAGCCAAUCUGCUGUUUCAUCACAGGAGGUGAUCCACGGGCUCAGUUUGACCUGGAGCACUCUCAGGGGGAGUGGAGGGUGGUGGUGAGGAGAGCUCUGGACAGGGAGGAGAGGGACAGUUACCUCCUGAACGUCACUGCUUCCGACGGAACGUCUGUGACCACAGCCACUGUGGAGAUCAGUGUCCUCGAUGCAAACGACAACAGUCCUGUCUGUGAGAGGGCUCUCUAUGCCCAGACAGUCCCUGAGAACACUCCUGAAGGGAGGCUGGUCCUGCAAGUCUCUGCCACUGAUGCAGACAUCCAAUCCAACGCUCAGAUCUCGUACACUCUCUCUGGAGAUGGAGCUGAUUACUUUAGCAUUGAAUCAGACACAGGCCGGGUGAGAACCCUGUUGCCGUUGGACCGUGAGGAGAGGGAUGUGUACAGUCUAUUGGUGCAAGCGGAGGACGGAGGACAGCGUUACUGCCAGGCUAAUGUGGUGAUAACAGUGGGAGAUGUCAACGAUAACGCUCCUGAGUUCACAGCUGACCCCUACCCUGUCACUGUCUUUGAGAACACUGAGAUAAACGCGUAUGUGGCACGGCUACAGGCCACUGAUCUGGAUGCAGGAAACAACAACAGGAUCCUGUAUUCCUUUGAGGACUCAGCUGAUGGCCGGUUCUCCAUCCAGCAGCAUUCAGGGCUGGUCCGUGUGGAGCGACCCCUGGUGAGGACCCAGGCUGGGUACACGCUGCGUGUCCGGGCCACAGACCAGGGCUCACCCAGAAGACUGUCCUCUGUCUGCUCCGUGCUGGUCUCUGUGCUCAGCGUCAACGACAAACCCCCAGCCUUCCAAAACAGGGACUAUGGCGUCACGGUGUCAGAGGACGUCACCUUGGGGACCCAGGUGGUCAGGGUGUUUGCGGCUAGCGGAGACCCCAAGGCCACCGCUGACAUCACCUACUCCAUCAUCAACGGCAACGAGCAUGGGAUGUUCAGCAUGGACUCACACACCGGUGACAUAUUUGUGACCAAGGCUCUGGAUUAUGAAGCGUCCCAUGAGCACUAUUUGACAGUACAGGCCUCGGAAAAAGGCAGGACGAGCCAAGGUGACAUUGCCACGGUAACCAUCUACUUGACAGAUGUCAAUGACAACUCUCCUAUCUUCAGCCAGGAGGUGUACUCUGCUGUGAUCAGUGAAGAUACCGACAUGGGCCUGACCAUGUUGACGGUGAUGGCUGAUGACAUCGAUGGUCCCUCCAACAAUCACAUCCACUUUUCAAUCGUCAAGGGCAACCAAGCCGGGCCCUUCACCAUAGACACGGUCAGCGGUGAGGUGAAGGUUGUUUGCCCGUUAGACCGAGAAAAGGUGCCUGCAUAUACUCUGACGGUACUGGCAUCAGACAGUGGGAGUCCAUCCAGAUCCAGCAGUGCCCUGGUCAACAUUGACGUGUCGGAUGUGAAUGAUAAUGCGCCCGUGUUCUCUGAGGCCGACUACAGCCUUGUCAUCAAGGAGAGUGUCCCAGUAGGGAGCAGUGUUCUCAAGCUGACUGUAACAGAUAGGGAUGCCUCCCACAACGGCCCCCCAUUCUCCUUCACCAUCCUUGGGGGAGAUGAGGGAGGCUCCUUCCUAAUAGACCCCCAGGGAACCCUCAGGACCACCACACUGCUGGACCGCACAGUAAAGGACCACUACAUACUACAUGCUCAGGUGCUAGACAGUGGCAGACCACCAAUCCUGGCCUCCACAUUGAUCAAUAUCAGGGUGAUCCAAGAGAGCCUCCACCCCCCUGCUAUCCUCCCCCUGGAGGUACUCAUCUCCACCCCAGGAGAGGCCUACCCGGGUGGGGUGCUGGGUCAGAUCCGAGCCACUGACCAGGACCUCUAUGACUCCCUGACCUACAACCUCCAGCCCAAUUUAUCCAACACACUACUGUUCUCCCUGUCCCCCUCAGAUGGCCGUCUGGUGACCCGGCCUGGUCACGUCCUCAGGCUGGGCCACUACCUGCUCAACGUCACCGUUACUGACGGACGCUUCACCACGGCAACCAGUGUCAGUGUGCACGUCCACCAGGUGACCAAGCGCAUGCUGGAGAGCUCCGUGGCCGUCCGUCUGGCUGGGGUGGGCCCCGAGGAGUUCAUAGGGGAGCACUGGAGGGGCUUCCUGAGGGCGCUGCGCAUGGUGGCAGGGAUCAAGAGGAGUGAUGUUCAGCUCGUCAGUCUGCAGCCCUGUGAGCCCCCUGGUAGCCUGGAUGUCCUGCUGGCUCUGGAGCGGUCACCUCCCGGUAGCCCCCUGACCACUACCAAGGACGGGAUCCUCCUUCGUAAGCUCAAUGCGUCUGUGGGUACAAUCCAGGAGGUUACAGGCCUCCGCGUGGUCAGGGUGUUCAGGAAGCUAUGUGCAGGCUUGGACUGUCCUGCCAUGCUCUGUAGUGAGGUGGUCACCCUGGACCAGAACUUCCUGACCACCUACAGCACGGCUAGACUCAGCCUCAUCACCCCGCCACAUCACAGAUCUGCUGUGUGCCUCUGUAAAGGUGGUGAGUGUCCUGUGUUGAAGCAGAUCUGUGAGGGGAAGCCCUGUCCUGAGGGAUGUGUGUCCAACCAAAGAGAGGGACCAUACAGCUGUGUCUGUCCACCUGACCAACAGGGAGGCUGCUCAGGAGGUCAGUUGCUAUGGUUCAGUGGGAAGGGUUACAUCAGGUACCGUCUGAUGGAGAACCGCUAUAGAGAGGAGAUGAAACUGUCUCUCAGACUGAGAACCUUGUCCCACCAUGCCACUCUCCUGUUUGCCAGAGGAACAGACUACUGCAUUCUAGAGAUAGUGGACGGUAGGCUCCAGUACCAGUUUGACUGCGGCAGUGGCCCAGGCAUCGUCUCCAUCCACAGUGCCCAGGUCAGUGAUGGCCAGUGGCACACCGUAUCCCUUGAGGUAAACGGCAACCAUGCCAUGCUGGUUCUGGAUCAGCUCUACACGGCCUCGGGCACGGCACCAGGCACCCUCCGCUCCCUCAACCUGGACGGAAGCCUGUUCCUGGGUGGUGUUUCUGAAUCUGACCAGCAGAGGGCAGCAAAGACAGCCUCACAGCGUUUGCCAGUCUCUCACAGUCAUGAUCUACAGGGUUGUAUGGAGGCAGUCAGGUUUAAUGGCUAUGAUCUGAACCUGGACACCGAGGCCCAGGCCUAUGUUCUAGUAGAGGAGGUGGUGGGGGUAGCACCAGGCUGUGGGGCCCUCCCUGUCCCAGAGUGCUCCUCUCAGCCCUGUGUGAAUGGAGGAACCUGCUCCACUCUGCCUCAUGGAGGUUACUUCUGUAAAUGCAGUGACUUGUUCAUGGGGUCUCACUGUGAGGUGGCAGCUAGCCCCUGUUCCUCCAACCCCUGUCUGUAUGGAGGAACCUGUGUGCUGGACAACCAGGAUUUUUACUGCCAGUGUAGAGGACAGUACUCAGGACCACGGUGUGCGGUUGGUCCGUACUGCAAAGAUAACCCCUGCAGAAACAGUGGACGUUGUAUCGACAGUCUGGAUGGGGCUGUGUGUGAGUGUGAGCCGGGGUUUCAGGGAGAACGGUGCCUUGGGGAUGUAGAUGAGUGUAUGCAGACAGAGAGCCUCUGCUCUAACGGAGGUAUGUGUGUAAACACCUACGGCUCCUUCAACUGUAGCUGCGUGAUGGGGUUCGCUGGGCGGCAGUGUGAGCUCGAGGUGUUGGUCAGGAACGAGCUGCUGUUCACCAGCUGGUCCAUCGGCCUGGAGGAACUCCUGGGACUGGCCUUGUUCCUGGUCACCAUCUUCGGCCUGUCGCUGCUCUUUGUAGCCGUCCGGAAGAGGGCCAAACAGGACAGAUCUAAGGAAUAUGAGGAUGAAGAUGGUAAAGAGUUCUUUGGGAGAGCUUACCUGGAGGUCAAGUCCAGCCGGGGAGUCCCAGUCUACUUGGACGUUCCACCACAGAUCCCAGUUAGACCUAUCUCCUACACCCCUAGUUACCCCAGCAACUCACGCUACAACCUGAACAAGGGUUCCUGCGAAAGUCUUGGGUUAGUGGAACCCACAGAGCACAGCACCCCUGACCCAGACCCCGUGCCCAUGCUGAGGAGAGGGGUGGCAGUGUGCAGUGUGGCUCCCACCCUGCCACGCCGUUUGCAUUCCAACACCCCUUCAGAGACGGAGUCCAUCCAGAAACCCUGCUGGGACUACCACUAUGAUGAAGAGGUAGUGGAGCUGGAGCCGGUCUCCACUCAGAGAUCUAGGAAAGACCUGGAAAACCGUGGCAGUGCCUCAGAGUCCCUCUGUUCCUACCAGUCAGGAUCAGGAGAUGAGAACGGCUAUCACUGGGACACAUCUGAUUGGAUGCCGAGUGCUCAGCGUCCCGUAGACCAGGAACUGUUGCAGUGUAUAUGUAUAGAAAAGCCCGCCCCCUCCUGCACUGACUCUGACCCUGAGCUCCUCAACCUUGACUUCUAUGUAGGAGGUAUAGACAUUGAGAGUGACUCCACCAACUGAUUUCUUUCCUCUGGAUCUGGAUGAUGUCCACCUACCUGUUAGGCCUCAGGGGCAGUUAUGAUGACUCCAUCCAGACACAUACUUCACCUGUAGCCAGCAGGGGGAAAGCAUUUACCAGCACCAGCAGCACCACCUCUACCCCACAGACCCCACUAAGCUCCAAGGCAGUAACACAGGUGUCAGCAGGGUGCAUAUAGGGACACAGAGUGACCCCUUGGACAUGAGCUGUGGAUAGGAGCUCAGCGGCAGUGUGCCCGUCUCCCAUGCCUCCAGCUCUGACCUGUCAUGCUUGGGUAAGCGGUCAUGGGUCAGAGUGACCAGCAGGCUUGUUUGGUUAUCUCACACCCUAACCUCUGGACACAAGGCCUCUGACAGGCGACUGAAACUAUAAACUUAACUUAGAGAAUUCAGAGAUAGACCCUGAUGAUCAGAGCGUUGGCUCUCUAUUGGAAACAUAUCUUGGUAGUCUUAAUCAAAUCUACUUUGAAACCAAAGUAUACAUCUCUUAAACAUGGUUAUGGGCUUUAAAAAAAGAAGACACCAUGUCAGAUAUAGAGUUAAAAUGUAUUACACUUUUGAGUUUGCAUCCCAAUAUUACACUUUAUAUACUUCACAGAAGACUGAAAUAUAACAAAACCGUGAGAUUUUUGCCGUGUUUUGUAAAAGAAUGUUUAUUAAUUAUGAAAUUAUAAAAAAUAUUAAUAACAUUCCACCCAUAAGGCCACUAGAGGGCGAUUUGGUCAUUUGACUGCAGGAAAGGUGUAGUGAAUGUUAUGUAAUUUCAGAAGAAAAAGCUCACACCUUACAUCCAUCUGUAAUGGCUAAUACUGUAAAUACCAUACAUGUCUGCAUAUUCUUAUCAGUGACAUUGCAUUGCAUGAAGCUUAUGUUGGGUUUAUACUGAUUAUAUAUGAAUUAGCUAUUUGAUUGUACUGUACAAUAAACAUUUAAAUGAACGAUUCUGCCAUUGAA